AUUUUCUAUAAAUUUUAAGGAUUUAUCACACCACAGUUUUCAAUUGGGAAAGCUCAUUGGGAUUUUAUUAUUUAAAACUGUAGUGUAAUAAGUUUUUAAAAUUUAUAGCAAAUUAUAUAUAGCUAUUAAGAAGAUUUAUUACAAUACAGGACAAAAAAAGAAAAUAAUUAUAAAAUCAAACUAGUUUAACUCCUGAAUUUAAUAUCAGUUACUAGAAAGUAAACAAAGAUUCAAAUUUUUAAUUUUCCAAUUGACAAUGUAUUAAUUUUUAGUGAUCAGUCAGUGAUCACAAAGUUCUAAACUAAUUAGAUGAAUAUUCUGAUGAUGAAUUCAGUGGAUGAUGGAUUAGAUGUAUUGUACAUCUAAAACAAUACAGCUUUCAUAAAGCACAGAUAAAGAAAUCUUAAUUCACUCUGUGACAUUAUGAAAGAAAAUGAUUCUUAUUUCUGCUUUACAAUGGUCUAAAAGCUACUUUUAAACGUUGUGUCUAUAACUUUCAAUUGUUGACACAGUAAUACCCAGAAGAACAUAGAAAAAAUUAAAAUUUGUACAGAGAAGAGAGGAGAGCAUAUAGAAACAGCACAUGUGAAUUUUUCAAGCAUUCUGUACAAAUGUGUAUGUAUGUGUAAUUGUUAAUAAAUGAAAAAAUUUGAGUAUAGACUUUCUGUAACUCAUGUUGAACACAUUUCAGAAAUAAUUUUGUUUUAUUUCAUUAAAAUUGAAUAAAUCUAAUAUUACAUUUACAGAAACUUUUAUGAAAUGAUGAUGAAGAAAUUAUGUUCCUUCAACAUACAAUAGAUGACUUAAGAAUCAAUCGUUGUACAAGGGCAAAAAGCAUCACUGAAGAGAAGCUAAGUAUAGAGACAACAUAAUGGGUAGCCAUCAGUUAUGUUUGAAGUGGAAAGACCACCAAACAAAUAUGUUGACCGGAUUCGAAGAACUUCUCACUUCGGAAGCGUUAGUCGAUGUAACUUUAGCGUGCGAAGGACAGAGUUUGAGGGUCCACAAAGUGAUUCUUUCGGCAUUCAGUCCGUUCUUUCAGAAGUUACUCUUAGAAAAUCCUUGCAAACAUCCUAUCGUUAUCUUAAACGGCAUCAAAUAUACGGAACUCAGGACAAUCGUAGAUUUUAUGUAUCGCGGAGAAGUAAACGUUAAUCAAGACCAGUUGACCGCCCUGCUACAAACUGCCGAAAGUUUAAAGGUCAAAGGGUUGACGGUGGAGAGUGGGCAGACGGGUGGUAAAGAUUCCAUAAGUUCUCUACAAGAAUCCCAUCCCGUCGAUCAGAACGUAAAUUCUACUUCUAUUUCGUCGACGGACGAACAGAAAAGAAAUUAUCCUCAUUUGAAAAGAAAGCGACACAGUCGCGUACACCACAAAGUACACAUUGCUGCCAGUUCGACGGGUAGUGAGAGCGAAGAUCAAAUAUCCAACGUGGAAUUGUCGUCGGUAGAACUCGCUUACGUCACUCCGGAUGUCACCACCGAUUCGAAUACCGUAUAUCCUACUAUAGUGUCGACUCACAGUCAAGCGGAUUUUAUCUCCCAUUCCUUAUUUAACGCUAACAUGAACGAAAGUAACGAAGUCAAUACGCAGAAUAAUUUCGUAGCCUCCACGAAAUCCGCUGUCAACGACGAAUCCUCCAACUGUAUACUCGAGACGAAGUCGGAAGACGAGAAAGAAAUGGAAACGAAAUGCAAUCAGAAUUUUGGGAAUCUAGAAAAUAAUUCACCCCUACUAUCACAGUUAUUAGUUCAGACUCAUCCGUCUGCAGGGGAAAAAUCCAACGUCAGUUAUUCCGAACAUAACAAUUGCGAGAAGCAUUAUGUGGCAAACAACGUGUCCUGUUCCGAAAAUAGCCCGUGUAAUGAACAAUUAACGUCUGUCGAAACGAAUAAUGCAGAAACUAAUGAAAUCAAACCUCUAACAUUCAGAUCUCCAUAUAAUAGUGGAAGAAAAGUGGCAUUCGAAGAGUCGUCUGUCCAUCCACGAUGCCCCUACUGUAGGAAAAUCUAUUCGAGAUUAUCGAAUUUGAAGAGGCACAUGGAAAUACACAUGCUAGAUAGAAAAACAUACAAAUGUUACAUAUGUCAGAAGAGAUUCUCUUGGAAAACUACUCUAAGUUCGCAUCUUAGAAGAGAUCAUUAUGUUAAAGUAAGAACUAGUUGGUCUCAUCAGGAAUAAUGAUGGGGGAAUUUUUUUUCUUUUCAUUUUUUUUUUUUUUGUGUAUAUAUAUACAGUAUAUAAAAAAAAAGAAAUAUCUGUGGGCUGUUUUUCUCUAAUAUUAGUAUUAUCAGGAUUUAAUAGGAUCAAAUAUAUUUAUGCAAACUGAAGUAAAUUAAGCUUUAACAGUGAUAUAUAAAAAAAAACAGGAGGAGAAUAAUUACAGUAUUGGUACAUUUAUAAGUAUGGUUUACCGAGAAAAUUCUGAAAAAAAAUGUUUGGUCUUCCUUUUCCUAUGCAGUUAUUGAAUUUAUAAUCAUAUAAUUAUCAUCAUUAAAUAAGAAGAUCAUGUAAAAAAAUACUAGUUGCUUCCAUAGAUGAACAGAGCUUGCUCUACCAGAAAGAACAUAUUAUAUAUAAUUGGUUGUAUAUGGUAAACUUUAUAAUUUUUAAGAUAUUUUUAUUAUUAUUCACAAAUUUCUUACGAACAUUAAUUGCAGCUAAUUGUAUAUUAUUUAAAUCCUUUUUUAUAUGGAAAUUUUACUUUCAUCAUAAAAUUUUUAUUGCAUUA